CAUCCCUCUUUAUAUAGAGAUUUCUGAGUAUUUCACUCUCGGAUCCGCCGUCCGACCCCUUCACGGAAAAGACUCCUCCCUCGUUUUGCUAAUUUAAAUCCAAAUAUUGAUUCGAUCGAUUUGGUUUGGUUUUCUCUCUCCUCCGGCUCCGAUCGUUGUCAAGGUAGAGGCUUUUUGCGCUGUUUAUCAAGGUUCUUUAGCUGUUGAGAUGGCAUCAGCAGCUGGAGCCACAGGAUGGUUGAGAGGAAAAGUCAAAGCUGUUCCUUCAGGUGAUGCUUUGUUAAUAAUGGCGAGCACCAAGGCUGAACUUCCCCCUGAGAAGACCAUCACUCUGUCAUCCCUUGUUGCUCCCAGACUGGCUCGCAGAGGUGGUGUCGAUGAGCCAUUUGCAUGGGAAAGCAGAGAGUACUUACGGAAACUUUGCAUAGGAAAGGAGGUAACUUUCAGAGUGGAUUACACUGUUCCUAGCAUAGGUCGAGAAUUCGGCUCAGUUUUCCUUGGUGACGAGAAUGUUGCAAUAAUGGUUGUUGCUGAAGGCUGGGCAAAGGUUAGGGAGCAGGGUCAACAGAAAGGAGAACUUAGUCCUUUCUUGGCAGAACUACUACGUAAAGAAGAGCUGGCCAAGCAAAAAGGUCUAGGACGUUGGAGCAGGACACCAGGUGCUUCUGAGGCAUCCAUCAGGAAGUUACCGCCCUCUGCUGUUGGGGAUUCUAGCAACUUGGAUGCAAUGGGCCUCUUAGCUUCAAACAAGGGUACGCCCAUGGAAGCUAUUGUGGAGCAGGUUCGUGAUGGAAGCACACUUCGUGUCUAUUUGCUUCCACAAUUUCAAUUUGUCCAAGUUUUUGUGGCCGGAAUCCAGGCACCUUCAAUGGGAAGAAGGGGUGCGACGGAUAUUGUUGUUGAAACUGAUUUGCCACCUGAUGAACCAAAUGGAGAAGCUUCCACUGAACCUAGGGCCCCCUUAACAUCAGCACAGAGACUUGCAGCCUCGUCGCCAACCUCAAUAGAAGUCUCCCCAGAUCCAUUUGGAAGGGAGGCCAAACAUUUUACUGAGAUUCGUGUAUUGAAUAGAGAUGUCCGUAUUGUCCUGGAGGGUGUUGACAAAUUCAGCAAUUUGAUUGGUUCAGUAUAUUAUCCUGAUGGUGAAUCAGCAAAAGACUUGGCUUUGGAGCUCAUUGAAAAUGGUUUAGCUAAAUAUGUUGAAUGGAGUGCAAGCUUGAUGGAAGACGAUGCCAAGCGCCGGUUGAAGUCUGCGGAACUUGAAGCAAAGAAGACCAAGUUGAGGUUUUGGACAAACUAUGUACCCCCAGCUACAAACUCAAAGGCAAUUCAUGACCAGAAUUUCACAGGGAAGGUGGUUGAGGUAGUAAGUGGGGAUUGCGUUGUUGUAGCUGAUGAUUCUGUCCCAUUUGGCAGUCCAUUAGCAGAGCGACGAGUCAAUCUCUCAAGUAUCAGGUGUCCCAAAAUGGGAAAUCCUCGUAGAGAUGAAAAACCUGCUCCUUAUGCCCGUGAAGCAAAGGAACUUUUACGAACGCGACUAAUUGGUCGUCAAGUGAAUGUUUCAAUGGAAUAUUCCAGGAAGGUCACCAUGGCAGAUGGAUCCGUGGCUCCAGGUGGCCCUGCAGAUUCAAGGGUCAUGGAUUUUGGAUCAGUUUUCUUGCUUUCUUCAGGCAAGGGCGAGGGUGAUGAUGCCCCAUCACCUGCUCUUGCUACUGCAGGCAGCCAGCCGGCUGGGGUAAAUAUUGCUGAGCUGUUGAUUGCCCGUGGCUACGGCACUGUCAUUAGGCACCGAGAUUUUGAGGAAAGAUCAAACUACUAUGAUGCUCUUCUUUCUGCAGAGUCACGUGCUAUUGCUGGGAAGAAGGGGAUUCAUUCUUCCAAGGAGUCUCCAGUAAUGCACGUAACAGACCUGACCACGGCUUCAGCCAAGAAAGCCAAAGAUUUCUUGCCAUUUCUACAAAGGAAUAGGAGGAUGCCUGCCGUUGUGGAAUAUGUCCUUAGUGGCCAUCGGUUUAAACUGUUAAUUCCUAAGGAAACAUGCAGCAUUGCUUUCUCGUUAUCUGGUGUUAGAUGCCCUAGUCGCGAUGAGCCAUUUUCUGAUGAAGCAAUUGCACUAAUGAGACGAAAGAUAAUGCAGAGGGAUGUUGAGAUUGAAGUGGAAACUGUUGAUAGAAAUGGAACAUUUUUGGGAUCUUUAUGGGAGUCAAAAACCAAUAUGGGGGUGACACUGUUGGAAGCUGGCUUGGCGAGGCUUCAAACUGCCUUUGGCACUGACAGGAUCCCGGAAGCUCACCUUCUUGUGCAGGCUGAACGGUCUGCCAAAGGGAAGAAGCUAAAAAUAUGGGAGAACUUUGUUGAAGGAGAGGAAGUUCCUAAUGGUGCAGCAGCUUCUGAAAGAAAACAAAAAGAAGAGCUGAAGGUAACGGUUACUGAAGUCCUAGGUGGUGGCAAGUUUUAUGUCCAGAUAGUUGCAGAUCAGAAAGUGGCCUCUAUUCAGCAGCAUCUUGCAUCUUUAAAGUUACAAGAAGCUCCUGUCAUUGGUGCCUUCAGUCCUAAGAAGGGUGACAUUGUCCUUGCUCAGUUCAGUGCUGAUAAUUCUUGGAACCGAGCAAUGAUUGUUAAUGGACCAAGAGGUGCUGUUGAAUCUCCAAAGGACAAAUUUGAAGUGUUCUAUAUAGACUAUGGGAACCAAGAAAUUGUUCCUUAUAGCCAGAUAAGACCAAUUGAUCCAUCGGUAUCCUCUACACCUGGCCUUGCUCAUCUUUGCAGCCUUGCAUACAUAAAGGUUCCAAACUUGGAGGAGGAUUAUGGGCAAGAAGCUGCAGUGCGUCUGAGUGAGCUCACUUUAAAUGGUCCUGCAGAAUUCAAGGCUGUGAUUGAGGAAAGGGAUACUUCAGGAGGAAAAGCGAAAGGACAGGGAACUGGGACUGUCCUUGUGGUAACUUUGAUUGAUCCUGAAUCUGAUUCCAGUGUCAAUGCCGCAAUGCUGAAGGAUGGAGUUGCUAGGUUGGAGAAAAGGAAGAAAUGGGAGCCAAAGGAUAGGCAACAAGCCAUGGAUGAGCUGGAGAAGUACCAGUCGGAAGCACGAGACAAGAGACUUGCGAUGUGGGAAUACGGAGAUAUCCAGUCUGAUGACGAGGAGACAGGUCCACCUGUUAGAAAAACUGGCGGGAAAAAGUGAACACAAACUCCGGUGACAUGAGUUGGGUUUAGAUGAACCAACUCUUGCUUUAGGAAGAGUUAAAAGUUUAUAGGCGCAUCAAUUGCGGCUUGAGAAAUAUAACAAAAACAUUUUGCAGGUUGAGUUUUUUUUGUUAUUUUUUUUUUCAAUUUAUGUUUUGUUCUGUACUUAAAAAAAAAAAAAAAAAAAAAAGUUAGUUAAUUUUCUUUAUUUGUUUAUUUAUACAAACUCUUAAUAAGGCGAGUUCCUCCAUGUCUGUAAGCCUUUGGGAAUAGCAGUGACAAUUUUCUUUUUUCUUGGUUAAAAAAAGCUAUGAGGUUUUCAUGUA